AUGUCAGCACCAACGCCCGCAACGCAGCCGGUCAAGACCAAGUCCAAAGCCUACUCGUCCACCGUCGCCAUCCAGGGCGACGCGGCCAAAUACCGUCUCAAGUACAAGGAGCUCAAGAAGAAGGUGCGCGAGAUCGAGGUGGAGAACGACAAGCUUCAUCUCAAGACGCUCGGCAUCAAGCGCAACAUCCAACGCAUGCGUCUUGAGCGCGCGAUCCUGUACGAGCGGUUGGAUGCCGAGUCGCGCGCGACGCCGGGUGUCGCCUCUUAUCCGCCCUACGAGAGGGAGGAUCCGUAUGCUGCUCAGGGAUCCAACCGUGGGGGUGCUUCGUCGAGUGGGCCAGUCAGGGGAGCCGGAGAGUAUCAGGGUUAUGCUGUUGGCGGUGGAAGCAGUGCAUACCGUCAACCGCAAGCUGCUGCACCAACAAGAGCGUCCUACGGCUCGGCAUACGAUGACUACCCGCCGCCACCGCCUCCCGCAGCCAGGUCGCAUCCUCACACACAGGCACGCGCCUACGCGCCAUCGUACGAUUCGCGUCACCACUCUCCACAACCACCGCCGCCCGCAUCCUCAACGGGCGAUCGCGCAGAACGUCUGCGACAGUACACGGAAAGCGCCAGUCCCGAACCAGCGAGGCGCGGCGCAAGUCCGCCGGUGGAAGCUGGGCUGCCACCGUCGUCGUCGAGGUCGGCGAUGAAGGUCACUUUGCGUCGCGGUGCCUGA